UUCAGGACACUAUCAGACUGGAUUCUUGUGUCUCCGCAGAGAGCGGGGCAGUAUGGCGUCAACUGUGCUUAGACAUUGCUCAAAUGUUCUUAAAAUAAACGUCCGGAAAUCCACCAUUCUCCCGCACGUUUCUACGGGUGUUCGACACAAGAGCACAAUUCAGUAUGCCACACGACCUGAUCUGCCGAAGCUGGCCUACAGGAAACUGAAAGGGAAGAGUCCUGGAGUGGUUUUCUUGCCUGGUUUUGCCUCAAACAUGGGUGGACAGAAAGCAGAAGCAUUAGAGGAGUUCUGCAAGUCUUUGGGUCACUCAUACCUCAGGUUUGACUAUUCUGGCUGCGGGUCAUCUGAAGGGGAAAUGGGCAACUACAACAUGGGUGCCUGGAAGAAGGACGUACUCUAUGUACUGGAUGAAUUAGUCGAAGGGCCACAGAUCCUGGUCGGCUCCAGCAUGGGUGCGUGGCUGAUGUUGCUAGCCGCUCUUGCACGGCCAGAGAAGACUGCUGCUUUAGUGGGCAUCUCCGCCGCUGCAGAUCAUUUUGUCCUCGCCUUCAACGCCCUACCAAUAGAGACAAAGAAGGAGAUAGAGGAACAGGGCUUUUAAAUUCCCACCAAGCACAAUGAAGAGGGUUUCUACACUCUGAGCAUGGACUUCCUGAAGGAGGCCGAGAACCACUGCAUACUCCAGAGCCCCAUCCCCGUGUCCUGCCCCGUCCGACUGAUCCACGGCCUCAAGGACACUGACGUACCCUGGCACGUCUCCAUGCAGGUCGCGGAGCGGGUACUCAGCAAUGACGUGGAUGUCAUUUUUCGCAAGCAUGGGCUUCAUCGCAUGUCAGAGAAAGAUGACAUUAAGCUCAUGGUGUACACUGUUGAUGACCUCAUCGACAAAUUAACCACAUUAGGGUGAAGGAUGGACCGGUUGCGAUGGGAAAAGCCGUGUACACAGGAAAAUCGAGGUAGUGACGGAAAACUAAGUAAUUGAAAGGGAUGUCAACCAAAAGUGAAAAUUGUCAUUUCUUUUCAGAGCAAUAGGACUUUAUUUGUUCCAGCAUGGAACGGCAUACAGCGACCAGGUGCUGCCAUACUCUGAAUAGUCUAUUUGACCCGUGCGCCCUAUUCCUUCAACAGUCUCCUGAAGCCAUACAAUAGCUUUGUGUAAGGUAACGGCCAACAUUUAAACCGUUAUUCACUGAAAAUCUUGCCUGUUUCUAUAGCUCACAAGCUAUAGCUUAUAAACAAAUGCAACGUUCAAAGUUUGAAAAUGCACACGCACUAAUGAGAUUUGAGGGUCAAGAAUUUCAGUGAGUAAUCACUUCUGUAACACUUUACAAUAGGGUCUCUUUGUUAACAUUAGUUAAUGCAUUAACUAGCAUUAAGCUAACAAGGAGCAAUAUAUAUUUUUUACAGCAUUUAUAAACAUCAUAUACAACUUUUGAUCUAUUACAUUAGUAAAUGCACUUUUCCUAUUAAAGUAUAUUAAGUAAGAGUAG